CUUUUCUUUCUCACACAGACACACACAAACAUUUUUCACUCUUUCCGCCCAUUUGCUCAUCGAUAGCCAACUCUCUACAUGAACUAUGGAUCGAUCGGAGGUCAGGACAUUGGUUUGCAAGGCCCUCGACAUUGACAGCAUGAUUGCCUGUAGUCAGGUGUCUAGAGCCUGGUCUAUGGACUUUACAAAACGUAUCUGGCGAGAUAUCAAUCUUCAAACACACCCAGCAUUCAAGGAAUUGGACCCGUCAAUCAUCGCAAAGCACGGCCAUAAUAUCCGGAUGAUCAAGUCGAUCGAAAAGCAAUCACAUCUCGAUUUGUUCAGGGAUAACAGCAUUUGUCAUCUGGAGGACUUGACGAUUCAACUGAAACCCACGACUCGAUUUUUUUCUCAAGCAUUUGAUCUGAUCCAUCGAAAUGCAGGGACGCUACUAGUAUUGGAACUCAAUGGGGACAUUGACUCAGACCGGACAGCGAUUACGAGAAUUGACGCCUUGGUACCUACAGAUGCAAACACCACAUCUAAGCUCAAGAAAUUGAGAAUCAAAAAGCUCUCCAUGUCCCGGGAGAUCUUUUCAGAGUGUCUUUCUUACGUUCCAAACCUCCAAAAUCUUCGCAUUCGAGAGUGUAGUUUUACGGGAGAUGGUGGAAAGGACAAAAAUUUUUUCAAACACCAGAACGUGCAUUCUUUAUUCUCUUCGACCAAACAAGUAAUGGAUCCAAACAUACUGCCAGGAGACAAUAGAGAAGAGAGGACCAAGGUCACUUCAUUAUUGGUUCAUUUCCCAAAACUCAAGACGUGGGAUACAUGGCACCCAGGCAAUCGAAUAAGUGAUUCAGAAGCAAAGACCAUCAAAGAUGAAAUCCGUCGAUAUAGUCCUCUUUUAAAAGAGUUUCUGAUCAACGACUGUUCGACCGACAAUACAGAGGGGAUUGCAAACCUAAUGUUAUCAGAACCCGAGAUGAUCUGUGUUGAGAUUCGUAGUAUUGCACCUUCGAUUAUUAAGAGUAUUAUCUUGCAUUGUCAGUCGCUUGUGGAGAUCCGAACCUAUGACCCAAGUCUGCCGGCUGAUUGGAACUAUCGACUGAAUACAGUAACGGAGGUGGGCGACCAAAGCCCAAACAAGUGGAUGUUCCAUGUACUAUUAUCAAAAUGCCCUCAUUUAACAUAUGUAAUCUUGCCUGCGCAUGAGAUGGAGCUUGAAUAUGCAAAACAAUUCCCAUGGGCCUGUAAUGGGUUACAGGAUCUGAGGGUGCGUAUACGAGGACUUGAUACGAAAGAAUUAAUUGUGGCGGUGAUUAAGAAGUGGGCCCGGCGGAGCUAUGCACGACGAAGAGCUAGAGCUAGACAAGAAGCGCUUUUAUCCGAGAACUCAAGAAAAGCAGUAGCCGCAGCCAUAUCAACAGUAGCUGUAGUAGCUACAACAAGAAAGGAAGAAAAGGCAGAACUUGUGGCAAACAAGAACGUCACUGCUUCUUCUACUUCAAAGGAGCUAGAACCAUCAGAAAAGGAUGUUGGUGCUGAUGUGACAGAAUCCACCUUACUUAAGAUCUCGGUAUGCGAGCAGGAGCAGGAGAUUAGAAAUGGAUACGCAGAAGGAGAGAAGGCGGAACAAUCGGCUAGGAGUACGAACACUCUAGAAAACAUUGAAGGCGCAGCGGCAGCAGCCUUACUUGUUAGCGAUAAAGGUUCAGAUGACGACGAUGGCGAUAGUCAUGAGAAUCCAUUGGUGGAGAUGGUUGUGAACCACUUGUUGAAAUUUGAGCAUUUGAAGAAGAUUUGGCUGGGGUAUAAGGUCUGGACACUGUGACAGCCAUCCAUACUCAGAC